AUGACCAGCACAGCCAUCACGAUCAAGAAGACCAUCCAUUCAUUCACUCCGUCGCCUUCGUCCAAGAGGUCUGUCGGUUGUUCGUCUGAUGCGACUUCGGCGGUGGUGGUUGCUUCAUCACCUGUCUCGAAACUACUGUUGCCAUCGGAUGCAGGGGGAGAAAGGGAUGUCGUGGUUUGUGAAGUGGAGAAGGUGCUCUGUGAGGAGCUGGACGAUGACGUCGGGCUCCCUGAAGUGGUUGACGUCCGUGUAAGUGUGGAAGAAGAAGUCUCAGUGAAUGAUGUGGAAGAGGACGUCAUGCUCCUUGAGGUGGAGGAGCUGCUUGACGUUCGCGUAAAUGUAGAAGACGAAGUUUCGGUGAAUGAUGUGGAAGAGAACGUCAUGCUGCUUGAGGUGAGGGAGCUGCUUGAUGUACGUGUAAAUGUGGUGCUUGUGGUUGCUGAAGUGGAGAGGCUGCUGGAGGUUGUUGACGUGGCCGCAUUGUUGCUCGCGCCUCCUGCCGGUCCGUUGCCCACAAUGGCAUACGGAGAAUUCUUUGUCGCGAAGGACGGCAUCAACAAG